AUGGCUUCGGGCGAGCCUAGCAAGUAUGUGACACUCGUCUCUGGUGACGGAUUCGAGUUUGUCGUGCUUCGCGAGGCCACAAAAGUCAGUCCCAUUAUCAGCGGCAUGAUUGAUCCACGCAGUGGGUUUGCCGAGGCCAGAGAUGCCCGCUGUGUGUUCCAAGAGAUAAGACAGAUGAUGAACAAUAAUUUCGCUGUGUUCUUCCUGACGAAACCCGGCUCUCUUUUUCCUUCCCCUGUGCUUGACAAAGUUGUCGAAUACUUCCAUUAUUGGUACCAAUACCGGGACAAUGACGAUGUUCCGGACAUGGACAUUCCCGUAGAGAUUUGCCUCGAACUCCUCGCCGCUGCCGACUACCUUGGGCUCGACCAAGCCACCAUGAACACGAGGCAAUGGUCUUGA